UGAGGCUAAACGCUUCCAUUUUGGCAAGAAACAGCAAGAACAAGAGGAAUCUAGGAACGGUUUGGAACGCGACGCAGAAACCCGGGGAGGAGGUUCAGAUCGAAUUUUUAUGUGUAAAAAUUCGUUUCUACCAAAACAGAAAGCAUUCCUGGUGUGGUUCGUGUGGGCGAUGGCGCUUGUGGUACGAAGGGCGACCGGUGUCAGCCCUGUCUCGCUAACGAUACGCUCAUAAGCUGAAGUUGUUUGACACGCAAAACAACUUCCAUCGCUUCUUCAAGAUUGGAAUGUCCUGCAGCGUAGACGGACUGCCGGCGGGGUGUAGACUCCGGGGCAUGGGCUCUACCGUUCAGAGUGGUCCACUUAAUUCGUCUUUGAGUGGGGCGCAAGAAUCAAGCAACAAUGUCGUGCCGUUACAGCGAGCGCCAUCGCAGAAACCGUGCUGUUUCUGCUGGUGCUGCUGCUGUUCCUGCUCCUGGGCUAAAUGUUUGGCUAUAAAAAAUGCAGAAGACAAUGGGCCUACGAAAAAAGACCAAGCUAGUUCCGAUACCCUAUUCGAUGGUGAACAACCAACGCUAGAGGAGAUACGCAGCUGGGGCAAAAGCUUCGACAAACUAAUGCGAAGCCCCAGCGGGCGAAAAGCGUUCCGGGAAUUUCUGCGCUGCGAGUACAGCGAGGAAAACAUACUCUUCUGGCUGGCCUGCGAAGAGCUGAAAAAGGAGACGAACCCGGAAGCGAUAGAGGAGAAAGCUAGGUUUAUUUAUGAAGACUAUAUCUCGAUUUUAUCGCCGAAAGAGGUAUCGUUAGAUUCGCGUGUAAGGGAAAUAGUUAAUAGAAAUAUGGUGGAACCAACGCCGCACACGUUCGACGAAGCUCAACUACAAAUUUAUACACUUAUGCAUAGAGAUUCGUACCCGAGAUUUAUAAACUCUCCUCAGUUUAAAACGUUGGCCCAAAUUCCAGAGGGAGUGUCCGCGUCCGGUUCGACGGCAGAAAGUCCGAGCAAUUAGAGCGAUGUGCGAUCACCGUGUGUGAGCCGUUCCAUCGUAUCUGUUAACGAGUUUUCUGUUCUAACCCCCCCCCCCAGCGUGGGGUUUCGCUUUUGCAUCAUCACCGUUGCUACACCGUUUGCCACCAGCAGCAAGUUGUUCUACCAAUGUGGCCGUUGGUCAGAAUGGACCAUUAUUUAGCUGUGUACGGGUUAUUUGCUUUCACGGUUUGAUCAUCAUCAAAACCCCCCGGAAACCCAAUGAUAUUUAUUUGCCAAACAAUGCUUAACACGGCACCACUACGCAACGUGUGUUUUGUUUUUCGACAUCGGCCAGCGAGAAAAAGAAUGUGUGUCGGUGCGAAUGUUCACGCUAGUGUAUCUUUAACCGUAAUAAGAAACUGUACACAUGAAGCAAAUUCAAAAGGUGCAGCAAGGACCUUUUGAUCGAUGCAAAAAUAGAGCAAAAGCAAUCCACGACGGGUAGGUGAGACGUGUGACAUUACGCUCCCGGCGAUGUGGACGAAGAUGUCGGGACGAAAAACACAAGCAACAGAACCGAGAACCUUGGUAAUGGGGAGGGGUAGUUUUUUUAAACGUCAAUAUUUAGAUUGUUACGCACAACAAUAACAACAAAAGGGUCACACAAACAUUCACAAAUUGUUACGACGAGCGUCCGUGUGGUAUGUAGCGUGGAAGAAUGGCGAUGAAGUACCAAACAAUCAGCCGGCACCGGGAGCGACAAACAACGGGAAAAGAGAACCAAGAGUAUGUUGUAAUUGUUCGUUAUCUAAUGAAAAACUAAUUCAAUAUGGCAAAGCGCAAAUGGCCGGAACCAGCUGAAUGAACCAGCAGACAAAACAACCACAAACCCCAUGAUGCAUGUCGAAAUGGAGGCGCAUGGUGCUUGUAUUGAAACGAGAGGUAAAAAUGUCACCCGAAAAUCAAACAGAUUCACCACAAGCUGUGUACGAAGCAAAAGUGGUGUAAGAAUUGUGUAGCAUUGUUUUGUGUUCCUACUUACGUACCGUCUGCAUGCGUUACGUUUUCGCUCGUGUUAUGCUUUUUAUUUUGUUUACGUCUUGUUUCGAUGCAUAAACGACAAGGAAAAGUGAGAAAGCAAGGAAACCAAGGGUAGCGCAACAGAAUGUUGCACAUGAACGCGAUGUGACACACGACACCCGCCUAACACACAACGAUACAUAGAUGGGUUAUGUUUUAUCUAUUACCUAAUGUAGUAUGAAUUGUUUGUUUUUUUAGUCACUUUCGUCUAGUCACACGAAUUUAUAUGCUCCUGUUGUAAGAGUGAGGUGAAACAGUUUAUUUAUUCCUAUUCGCUUGUUGACCCGUAGCAGUCGAUGCCGAUAGUUUAUUCUGGUCGUUAAAGCUGUUUAUUGUAUUUAGUAUUACGUGCAAAAUGCGCACGCACACGCACAGGCGCACAGACACACAUGAACUCUCAACACGCGAACACAGGUAUACUUUUGAUCAGUUUUAUUUACACGAUAGAAUAAUAGGCAGGUCGUUUUAGUCCCUUAGUUCCCACGUUUAGCGGGAACCGGAAUGGGAAUCCAGUACUUAGUCUCUACGUACAUAUAUAUCGAGGGCCUAGCAAAUGUGAAUCAGUUUUAACGGGUUUCUAUCAUACUUUUGUGUAUCAAACAUCGUAGGACACCUUCAGACACUACAUCUACGCACACGGACAUACAAAGAAUGUUACAAGAGGCUUCAGGAAGGUGUACGGAUGGUAAAGAAAAGAAGAAAUGGCGCAACACAAACCAAGCAGGCGAGCCAGUUGAAUGGAAUAAUGUGAAGAAUAAAUUAAUUCAAGAACUAUUUUGAAUGUGACGAAAACGGUCGAUCAAACGUACCCUGUGACAACAGUCGUUUGAACAGAUUUAGUUAAUGGUAAUGCAUCAAAAUUAUCCUACAAAAUUUAGUCAAAAACUUAAAGGUGUUAUUGUACGGCAGGGUGUUUAUGAUUAUGAUACCGGAAAUGAAUAGUGAGGAACAAAAGAAAGAAAAGAAAAACAAACUAAACGAUGAUAAAUAACGACAGCACACUGAGAACGAACCAUUUUUUCUACAUCAAUCAGUCAGUAGUGAACGAGCGUAGUGUGUAACAUUGAACUGUUGACACGGCACCAUCUCUUCCCGAACAACAACCAAAAAAAAACACGGGAACGGUUUAAGAUUGAUAGCCUAUUUAUAAGAUUUCUAUUUUUUCUAUCACUAGUGCGAAAGAUGCAAUGAAACUGUGAGUAAACGUCGGUCGAUACAUUAUUAUUACUUCCCCCCAAAUCAUAAGCAAGUGCAAUCGAACGAGGGAGCAUGCACAAGAGGAAAAGAAACGAGAGAUAAUAGAGAAAAACUGAUAUGCAGAGACAUGUAGUAGCGACAUAACACUAUCAUCAUUGAGCGCAGAUGCAAUAUAGGAAAAAAAAACAUUCGUUCAACCGUUCAAAAUACAACCAUUUACCAUAUGUGUAAUGCAAUGCAGCACAAAAAAAAAACAGAAGGAAAACGAAAAGAUAAAACAGUAAAACAAAAACCCCACGAAAACGUAUAAAGGCAUCCACCAAUAGCAAAAGUAAAGAAGAAAAAACAAAACAUAUUCGACGGUAUAUAUCAUAACAGGAACUUCGUUUUCAUAGUACAUACAAUCAACAAAACAAUGGAAAUAUAACGCAAUCCCAAAGAAACAAAACAAACAAUGAAAUAGAAAACAAAUAGAAAAGAAAAGAGAGUGCGCGAGCGCUAGAGGGCUAAAAGGUAUAUAAAAAAAGCCUAUGCAAAUAAAAUGAUAAAUAAAACGAUUAAUCGGAUAAUGAAACAUGCAAUAACACAAUAUGAUAAUUAAAUAACAAGUCCAACAUGUAUACAAAACAUGUAUAGCAGACAGCAGCACAACAACAAUAAAAGGUAGGUAUUCGAACAAUUUACCUGUAUUUAAACGUAUAAGCUACCAAUUCAGUAACGCAACCAUGGUGCGUGUGUACGUGUAGAAGAACAAAAAACAACAGAAAAACAUGAAAAUCUAAAACAAACAGAUAAACCCACUACACUAUCUAGAAAUAGAAACGUCACUCCCCC